GAAGGUGCUCUCUUUGAGGCUUCGGCGUUCGUUUGCAUGUGGAUCUAUCUGUCAAAACUGAGCUGAACGCAGAGACAUCUUUUAACUGAACAUUAGAUACCAUCCUCAGCUUUCUUCUGGAUUGCAGAAACAUGUGGAGACGCUGGUGAGGCGCUGCACCAUAGAGUUAGCCUUUAGACUACGAGGACGAAGAUUGAGCCUUCUGAUACUUCUUUAAACUCUUAAUUUUCUAACCUGUCGGGUCCCUCGGACAAUGGAGGGACAGCAGGAUUCAAAGUGGACUUUGAAACAAAGCCCUGGACAUGGUUCCAAAUUGUCCUUUACAUGCUGGUUGUUAGUCUUAAUCUUGCCUGGAGUGUGUUGUGAACAGUCCUUUACAACGUUUCACCCUGAGCGACGAGAAUGGGCCUUCAAUCACAUGACAGUUCACAAGACGACAGGAGCACUCUACAUUGGUGCUGUCAACCGUGUCUACAAGUUAUCGGGAAACCUGACAUUAUUAGUAUCCCAUGAUACUGGUCCAGAAGAUGACAACAAGGCCUGCUACCCUCCACUUAUCGUUCAGCCUUGCUCUGAACCAUUGGUUUCUACCAACAACAUCAACAAACUUUUACUUAUCGACUACUCUCAGAACCGACUACUUGCUUGCGGAAGUCUCUACCAAGGUGUCUGCAAACUGCUACGGUUGGAUGACCUCUUCAUUCUGGUGGAGCCGUCUCACAAAAAGGAGCACUACCUCUCCAGUGUCAACCAGACGGGCACUAUGUAUGGAGUCAUUGUGCCCUCACAGGGUAAGGAUGGGACCCUCUUCAUUGGUACAGCUGUGGAUGGGAAGCAAGACUACUUUCCAACCAUCUCUAGCCGGAAGCUUCCUCGUGAUCCGGAGUCUUCAGCAAUGCUAGACUAUGAGCUACACACUGACUUUGUUUCAUCUCUCAUCAAGAUUCCCUCCGACACCCUGGCGUUGGUCUCUCAUUUCGACAUCUACUACAUCUAUGGCUUUGCCAGCGGCAAUUUCGUCUACUUUCUGACCGUGCAACCGGAGACGCCCGAGAACAGCUUGUCUUCCAGCGGGCCCUCAAACGACCUGUUUUACACCUCUCGAAUCGUCCGACUCUGCAAAGAUGACCACAAAUUCCACUCCUAUGUGUCAUUGCCUAUUGGUUGUGUCCGAAACAGAAUUGAGUACCGCCUUCUGCAGGCGGCCUACCUGGGCAAGCCUGGACGAGUGCUUGCGGCAUCCCUCAACAUUAGCGCUCAAGAUGAUGUGCUCUUUGCUGUCUUUUCCAAAGGUCAAAAACAGUACCACCAUCCACCUGAUGACUCAGCCCUCUGUGUCUUCAGCAUUCGGGACAUCAAUGCACGGAUCAAGGAGCGAAUGCAAUCCUGCUAUCAGGGAGAGGGGAACUUGGAGCUUAACUGGCUGUUGGGAAAGGAUGUACCUUGUACCAAAGCGCCUGUCCCUAUUGAUGACUCCUUCUGCGGUUUGGACAUCAACCAGCCCCUUGGCGGCUCUCAGCUGGUGACCGGACACACACUUUAUACAGAAAACCGUGAUCGCAUGACCUCGGUGACCUCCUACAUCUAUAAUGGCUACUGUGUGGCUUUUGUUGGCACCAAGAGUGGACGACUGAAAAAGAUUCGUGUUGAUGGUCCUCCUCAAGGUGGCGUCCAGUAUGAAACUCUGCCGGUCAUCAAAGAUGGAAGCCCUAUUCUUAGAGACAUGGCCUUUUCCCAGGACAACAGCUACAUCUACGUCAUGUCGGAGAGACAGGUCUGA